AAUGGUACGGUCACCGCAUCUCUGGCUUCGCCGUAUAAAUCAACUGGGUAAGGAGACAAAAGGUUCGAUAUCCUUCGUCGGUAAACUUUGGCGGAAGAAGUGGAGAAAGCAGACACGCAAGCUGAGGGGAUUUUGAAGCACGCUAGGUCGCAGGAACAAGGCAUUACAUAUAUUGCAGAAGUCCAUCCCCAAAAACUUUGCUUACACAAUGGAAAUUUGAUACGAUCAAAUUGGCUCUUGCAAUUCAUCUAGCUCUCCCUUCUAACCGUUUGAGCGCCUGUCUCGGCCAAGCAAAUAGACAGAAGCAGCAUAGUCCCAUAGAAGAACUUCACGAUGGAUUAGCCAGUUGAAUCCUCUCAGAGUGUCAGAGACAGAGAAUUCAAACAAUCCUUCCAGUGGGUAUUCAGCUCCAAUCAAACUGCCCUCUCACCGAGGAAUGCACUACAAAAGAUUAAGACAACUUUGAUGGAUCAUGAUGCCGAACCGACUACUAGCACUUUUCAUGAGUUUAAUGAAAGCACACAGCCCUUGCUUGUGAAGCAGCGGUCUAGGACAUGGAACCAUGAAACGCAACUGGAUUCUCCUGAAAGCAAGCAGAUGAGUCUAAGCCAUGAAGUCCGUCUGGAGAAAAAACUUCGAGAAAUGAACCCUCUAGGUGGUAAUGUGAAACAGCUUUUGCUUCAGUGUGCCGAUGCUUUAUCAGAGAAUAAAUUGGAGGAAUUCAAGUCAUUUGCUGAAGAAGUCCGCAAUGUUGUUUCCAUCACCGGAGAGCCUAUCCAGCGUCUUGGUGCUUAUAUGCUAGAAGGCCUUGUGGCAAAACAGGAGUCUUCAGGCACCAACAUCUAUCGUGGCCUGAGAUACCGCGAGCUCGACGACGAUGGCCUUCCUUCGUACACACACAUCUUGCAUGACAUCUGCCCUUACAUCAAGUUCGGGUCCAUGGCAGCAAGUGGAGCAAUUGCCGAUGCUCUAAAGGAUGAGGACACGAUCCACAUCAUAGACUUUCAGAUUGCUCAAGGAACCCAAUGGGUUCCACUAAUACAGGCAUUCGCUGCAAGACCCAGGGGCGCACCACACUUGCGAAUCACGGGGAUAAACGAUCCAUCAGCAGACCAUGGACGAGAAAAUCUCCGUCUGGUCGGGGACUUGUUUUCUCACACGUCAAAGAAGUUCAAUAUUCCUCUUCAGUUCUGCGGCCUAACAGUGCAUGGAGGUGAGGUCACAAGAGCAAUGCUGGACAUCAAACCUGGGGAGGCGCUUGCUGUGAACUUCACUCUCCAGCUACACCACACCCCCGAUGAGAGCGUCGAUGUGAACAACCCUCGCGACGGGCUGCUCAGGCUGGUAAAGGGAUUGUCGCCGAAAGUUACCACUCUGGUGGAGCAAGAAUCUAACACCAACACGACGCCUUUUCUGACUAGAUUCGUGGAGACGUUGGAUUAUUACUCCGCGAUGUUUGAAUCCCUCGACGCGACUUUGGGAAGGGAGAGGAGGGAGAGGAUAAGCGUGGAACAGCACUUCCUGGCGAAGGACAUAGUUAAUAUCAUUGCCUGUGACGGUAAGGAGAGGGUGGAGAGGCAUGAAUUGCUGGGGAAGUGGAGAUCCAGGCUCACCAUGGCAGGCUUCAAGCCCUAUCCACUGAGCUCGUAUGUGAACUCGGUCAUAAAGACUAUGUUGGGCUAUUACUCCGAUAAUUAUACAACAGUGGAGAAGGGUGGGGCAUUGCUCUUAGGAUGGAAGAACAGGAACCUGAUCUCAGCGUCUGCAUGGCACUGAUCGUACAACUGUAGCAGACACAGGAAGAGCCUUUUUAGUUUUAGACACAUGGAGAUUGAUUUAUACUGUGUGUUUUAUUUCAUCGGAAUUAAUGUCUUGAACAAAUCAGAGUAAGUCGAUCAGAUGCCUUGGACAACCUGUUUAUCUGGGAAAAGCCGCACCAGUCGGCUACUUUUCCUCGUUCCAUCAAGCAGAUUUCUUCCUUUUGUCGGACUUAAUCAUCACGUAACCAACAAAUACUCACAAGAGAGAAAAGCAGCGGCGCAACGCCGGCGAAAACAGGCAAUUACUUUCCGGCCGGGAAGGAAAUAACUGAGCACGAAAUGUUCUGUGUCCAGAUGUAGAAAGAACACAGUUUCCAUUGUAUCCAAAGAAUAUCCACAUAUCUCCACAAUGAUAUAAUAUUAUCCACUUUUAAUCUAA